AUGAGUGAUACAAUGUGGAAUCUGCCAGGGGAUAUGCAUGGGAACAAUGCUGCUGCCCACACAGAUGGGCAAGAUGAACUUGAGGAUCCAAUCAAGAGCCUUUUGGAUGAUCCUGGUGCAACCCCCCUGGCCUUGCCUGGGAAUUCAGCAUCAGAACUUCCUGAUGACCUGAUUGCCGAAACCCAAUCAAUGAACCCACUACCUAAUCCAUCUCAAUCAAUCAACCCACCAGCAAGUCAAUUGACCAAUCCACCAGCCAGGCUCAAUUGUUCCAAUUUGCCACCCCUGAGUGAUGCUCAAUUGGCGCCAUUGGCGCAAGUAGACUCUCCCAGCCCUCCACCUGCAUAUGAGUCAAUCCCAGCUCAAGCAACCUGGCCUACCCCUUCUAGAGCAACCAGAACCGCAAGCGUUGGUGCAAUCCCUGCAGCAACUGGAAGCGGGGUUAUGCCUUCCACUUGGCACCCCCUGGCCAAAAGUGGAGCUCCAGCUCAUUGA